AUGGAUCGCUCUCAGAAUAUAGCCUCCCACGCAUGUGUCGCUUGUAAAAGACAAAAACGGAGAUGCGACAAACUGCUGCCCCAGUGCAGCCUGUGCUUCCGCACCAGCCGCACCUGCGACUAUGCUGAUACACCAAAGUCGCCUCCGACUGCGGCCGACCUCGCAACCCUUCAAGCAAGAUUGACCGAACUGGAAGAAAGACUUAGUAGCGCCUCUGCGUCAGACUCUCUGUCUGCUACAGCCGGCGUUUCGCGCACAGAUAGCCUUGCCACCGAAUCUAUUGCAUACGACCGAGAACCCACCAGCUUUCCGUCAGCCUUGUUUUUGGAUAUAGACUGCUAUAAAUGGUCCAAUAUGCAACUCCCAAGGCCGGCUGCCAGCAUUCCGAUGGACAUACUCACCAUUCUCAACCAGCAAAAUUUCAUAUUGGGAACAACUUCGCUUUACUUCGAUACGAUCCAUCCGUGGAUGCCGAUCAUUUCAAAAAAGCGACUGGACCUCGGCAUUUCACUGAAGGACGGUGGACCGGACAUCGCGCUGCUUUUCCUCGCGAUGAAGUUAAACACCCUCCCUCCGCCACCUGGCAGCGAGAUACACGGUGCAAUUUAUUCGUCUGCCAAAAGAUUCUUGGCGACCUUGGAAGCCAGUGGCGCGGUGUCAUUUGGCUACCUACAGGCCAUGACUUUGAUAGCCGUGUACGAAUACAGUCACUCGAUCUAUCCUGCGGCGUGGAUGACCGUAGGAGCAUGCGCCCGACUCGCUGAGCUUCUUGGUAUUUCACCUGGUAAAGACACGAUGAAAAUUAUGCGUCCCGCUAUGACCUGGACAGAACUAGAGGAGAGAAGACGGGUAUGGUGGGCCAUUUACAUCUUGGAUCGCACUAUCUCCCUCGGCAGCCGGAGGAGGUUCUGCUUCCCAGAUCCGGCGGAUACAGAUGUCCUCCCUGUGGAUGAUGAUACAUGGGAUCUGGGUGAUGUAGCCAACAUCAUACAUUAUCCAGUCACAACACCCUUUUUCACCCCUGCCUCGCCUUUCUCUCGCCUCUGUCAGUCGGCAAUGUUCAUUAGCCGUGCCACCGUGUGUCGAAGCGAAUCGACGCAGACAGGCCUUGCAGACCAUAUGACCGCUGUUGUCAGCCUUACCGAGGACCUGAGCACCUUCAGCUCUAUUCUUGCCGAAGAGAUGGACUCUUCCUCCACGGACGGAUAUCUACGACUACUUGCUCCUCAGUGCCUGACGUGGUCGGCCCUCUUCCUGCUACUCGAUAAUUAUUGCUGCCCAGAAAAACUUAGCAAUGAACCAGGUUACACCACAUCCGGCAACACUAAAGGACCGGACGAACUCGCCGCCCAGAUCCAGGCCACGCUGGUAGUGCGGAAUAUCAGCGACCAGGCCCACAGACAAACUACGAACGUCAUGGAUAUUAUAUCUAACCAGCUACGUAGCGACCAAAUGGGGAAAUUAAGCCCGUUCCUACUGGAUGCGCUGUACUGCUCCAUGGUGACGUUCCAAUGGAUCUAUCGCGAAGGCGGUGACGAGAAAGCCAAAGGCAAACUAGCUGAUAUAGAGGCUUGCAUGGGGAUAUUGAGUGGACGGUGGAAGUUGGCGUCAGAAUACAUUGCUCUCAAUGGAAUUUAUCGCGACGGAGGGAACACCUAA